UGGUGAAGCGAGCUCGAUUGCCAGAAGUGACGUAACGAGAAAGACGUCGUUACGUUCUUCAGCGCGGAUCCCGUACACAUUCUCUUCUCCGCAACAUGACGGGGCCCCUACCCCAUCGUCUCUCACGCGGCUCACCCGGCAAAGUUUCAUCCUCCCAGAAGGUAUCUUCUCCGACCGUGUUCUCUCUGCUCUUCUCAUGCUCGAGCGUUCUUCGCGCUGCUGCAGUCGCGUCUACGAGUCCCAUCGCGCAAGGUAACGCGGGAGUGUGAACUAAAAUCCAAAGCGCAAUCGAGAGUGAGAAGCAAUCACCCCCGUAGAUCCGACGAGCAACAUGGAGUCCACGAAACGGCACAUUGUUCUGAUAUCGGUGGGAAUAUUAUGGGGUUGCGUAUUAGGUCUGCAGCGGCCACCGCCAAGGUAUUCUCAGCAGUACAUGCCGGAAACCUCGUUCAGUUGUCGCAACAAAAUUGUCGGCAGUUAUUAUGCAGAUCCUGAGACAGACUGUCAAGUCUUUCACGUUUGCGUCUCUGUAGCUGGUACUAUUCAAGACUACAAGUUCUUAUGUCCCAAUGAUACUGCUUUCGACCAAGAAAGUCAAACCUGUGCGGAUUGGUACGACGUGGAUUGCGAGGCCGCUACUCUGUACUAUGCCAGCGACAACUUCGAUCUGUACAGAAUCGGUUCCGGUCUGGAAUCCGUGCAUUAUGACAACUUACGCAGCGACGCCGAACCACAGGAUCAUCUUCAGCGUAGCGAGACCAGCGACGCGGUGCGCUCCUCCGCGAACGCGGUGAACCGAGUGUCCUCGUCAAAUUACAAUAAUCGCGACAUACUGCGCGGCAGCAGUAGCAGCAAUUUCUACAACAGAAACAACAAAGAAGACGAAUACGAGAACGAGAAGUCGUAUAAGGAAGACGCGAGUCAGGACAACAAAAAGAAGGGCGGUGUUAGGAAGGUCAGCAGGAAGCAAUCGUUUAGCAAUGGCAAUUAUUCACCGUCGAGCACAACAUCGGCACCGACUGUAUCCAAUCAGAACAAUUAUAAUAACGGCAAUUAUUAUAAUGGUAAUGUAUACAAUCAACGACCCACAACGUACGUCGUCUCAUCGACGACCGUUCGACCUCAAGAGAACUAUAAAAAUCAGAACACACAGAGAUAUAGCGCACCGUCAUCCACAUAUCGACCGAGCACGACAUAUCAGGAAGCUUUCAACAACUACCAGUCGCCUAGCACAACUUCCAGAACGACUCCGCAAAACAUUUAUAACAUCUACAACUCGAACUACAAUCAACAAAGUACCGGUAGCUCCACUCAGGUCACAACGCUAAGACCUAGCAGCUACAACCCAAAGAUCUAUCAAAAUUAUCAGAGUCAGUUCCAGCAGUCCACCACUAUUCAACCAAGCACCAAGUACCAGACCGUUGAUUAUACAAAUUACCAACAGAAAAAUUACAACAACAUCCAACGAGGAACCAGCAACGUCGCGUACCAGUCUACCACACCUGCGUCCGCUGCUUACGAUAAUUACAAUAAUUACAAUAACAACAACGGACAGUACAGACCGAUCACGUCGACCAGACAGGACGUUUCUCAGACCACUGCGAAAUAUUUCACCAACAAUUUUGCGAGCAAUAGUUACACGCCUACCACCUACAGUCCAGCGACGAAGAAGUACGUGAACGGAGACAACAACGUCGCGCAAACUGCUCUGAGAAGCAACGACAAUAGCGGUCAGUACUACGAUAAGACGAGCCAAGCAAUCAAGCCCUCCACUCAGUAUUACGACAGCACAAAACCACCCAAGAAAGCAACUCAGUACAGCUAUGAUAACGGAAGCAGCGGUAAGUCGUACUACAUCGAGACCAGCACGAGCGGCUUCGAUCUGGUGAGAUCCUCUGCCGGUAUCGGUUUUAGUCCCGCGAGUAUCAAUCAUCUCGCCGAAUCGCCGAAGAGCACCACGCCAGUACCAAGGCGACCUCCCAGCGCUACCACGUACAAUCCGAACAGCUUCAGUUCCAGCGCUCAGAGGACCGGUCAGCCAACGACAACGCCACGUGGAGUCACCUACGUCAGCGGAUCCGCGAGACCGUUCACGUCGACGACCAGGUUACCCAACAGCAGCAGUACGACAUCGCCAAAAUCGGGCAAAAAGAACGAUUACGAUUACGCGUAUUAUGAUAAUACGGGCGGUCUUGAGUACGACGGAGUCGAUCUCGAGCAUGUUACCAGCAACAAAGAGUCUACGAAAAUCGCGAGAAAGCCAAAUUAUCUACAUCUGGAGAUGUUGGAGGUUGGUUUGCGAGUCGUCCGUGGUCAGGACUGGAAAUGGGACGAACAGGAUGGUGGUGAAGGUCAUGCCGGAACAGUAGUAGAGAUUGGAAAGCCACCAUCUACAGGAAAUUCUGUUUCCAGUCCAAAUCCUACUGAUCGAACACCGGAUAAGACAGUUAUUGUUCAGUGGGACCAUGGUGCCAGAAGCAAUUACAGAAUUGGCUAUCAAAGUGCUUAUGAUCUGUUGGUGUUUGACAAUGCAGCCGCUGGUGUCAAGCACACCAACAUUAUUUGCGAUGGCUGCAAGAGACAUGGAAUAAUUGGCAUCAGAUGGAAGUGCACUCAGUGUUUCGACUAUGAUCUCUGUACUCAGUGCUACAUGGCUGACGAGCAUUAUUUGACUCACACAUUUCAGAGAUUUCAAACAGCCAAUUCUGCAGGAGUUCAACUGGGACCAAGAGAAGGCUGCGCCAAAAUACCACUGAAAGGAAUUUUCAUAGGAGCGAAAGUCAUCCGUGGACCGGACUGGGAAUGGGGGAAUCAAGACGGCGGACGUGGUAAAACUGGCAGAGUUAUGGAUAUACGCGGAUGGGAUAACGAAAGCAGUCGCUCUGUCGCGACCGUCACGUGGUCUACUGGUAGUACCAAUGUUUAUCGCUUAGGCUAUAAAGGUUGUGUGGACUUGUGCUACGUAGAAGAGGCCAACGCUGGUACUUAUUAUAAGGAGCACCUUCCGCUGCUCGGCCAACCGGUACCAAUCAUAUCGGACAACGGAAAUACCUCAUUACCAGUUAGAAGCGGUGUCUCCGGUACGCCGUCUAAUUCGCCUCAUCUGACCUUCAAUGUCGGCGACAAGGUAAAAGUUCUAAUCGAAGUCGACACCUUGAAAGAAAUGCAGGAUGGCCACGGCGGGUGGAACCCACGCAUGGCCGAUUACAUAGGAAAGAUUGGCACGGUGCACCGGAUUACAGACAAGGGAGAUAUUCGUGUACAAUACGAAGGCUGCAACAACAGAUGGACCUUUCAUCCGGGCGCUCUAACAAAAGUCACCGCCAAAGAAGCAUUUUCUCUCGGUGAUAUCGUGCGCGUAAAAAGCGACUUGGCUGCCGUGAAGCAAUAUCAGCGCGGUCACGGUGAAUGGAUAGACGUCAUGAAAAAUGCUCUGGGAAAAACCGGGAAAGUAAUUAAAAUCUAUUCCGAUGGCGAUUUGCGUGUGGCGCUGGACGGCCACACGUGGACGUUUAAUCCACUUAGCGUCGUUCCCGUAUCUUCAAACGUGGUUGCCGCGCAUGAUAAUGCGAAUAAAAUUAGAGAUCGUCCAGACGAUACCGACAGCGAAGUAGAGAAAAUAUUAAGAGAUGCAGCCAGAGGCGAAGCCGGUGUGGCUGCUGUUCGCGAGUUCCUCCAGAAGUAUCCCGGCAGAGUAGACGCGCGUGCACCUGGUGGUGGCAGAAAAACGUGUUUGCAAGUUGCUGCGCAUCAGGGUCAACGCGAGCUUUGUACUCUUCUUCUCGACGCCGGCGCGUCUCUGCGAGCGAUCGACGAGGAUGGCGAUACGCCUUUGCAUUACGCGGCAUUUGGAAAUCAGCCAGAAAUAAUGGAACUGCUGUUGUCACGAGGCGCAGCUAUCAACGCCGUCAACAACGGCAAAUGUAGCGCGUUACACGUAGCGGUCAACAAGCAACACGCGCAGUGCGUAAAAGUGUUGCUACGUUACCACUGCGACGUCAAUCUGCAAGACUCGUACGGCGACACGGCUCUGCACGACGCGAUCGGAAAAGACGCGCUGGAUGUGAUAGACGCGUUGUGCGCCUGCGAGAGAGUUGACUUCACGUUACGGAACAAACGGGGUUUUAACGUCCUGCAUCACGCCGCACUCAAAGGCAAUGCUCACGCAAUGGACAGGCUGGUGACACGCGCGCGUCACUUGGUGGAUGUGAAAAAGGAGGACGGAUUUGCAGCGUUGCAUUUGGCAGCGUUGAACGGACACCGGGAAGUCGCGGCCACACUUCUCUCGCAGCGCGGUCGCGCCAAGGUCGAUCUGCGUAACAAUCGACGGCAAACGCCGUUACAUCUGGCAACCUCACAAGGACACUGGUCGCUUGUUGAGCUGCUGGUGCAUCAUAAUGCGGACAUAGGAAGCGCGGACGAGGAUGGUGACACCGUGCUGCACAUCGCAAUAGCCAAGAGCCCGAAUCAGCAGACUGUUGCGCCCACACCUGAAAGCAGCCGGGAUUCGCCGCUCAUAUACGCGAUCUGGCAAAACCUGGCGAGGCAAGGUGCAAAGACUGAAUUAGCAUUAGCGUGUUUUCUGAUAAGCGUGGACAAAAGUUGCAAACUACUUGAGCAAGUCAAGAAUAACAAGGACAAGACUCCGCUCGAUCUGCUAGAGGAUUCAGUCGAUCCUCUACAGGUCACGUUGCUUGCCGAUCUUCUACGGUCUUACAAAUACCAAAGUCACAACACUCAAUUAGAAAUAGAAAAUUCAUCAACCGGUUACGUAGAACCAUCUACGUAUGGAAUAGAUAACGUGUCGGAAGGGUUGCGAAACGCGAUGAAACCCGGUUCUGGUGAAGUUGCUGAAUGUCGGGAUUGUUCGGAAAUCAUAACGAAUACAAAGCAGGACAUUCGAAUUGAUCCGAGCAAUAGCAUUACACUCAUGGGUUGUGCGCGUUGCGGUCACACCGUUGUUAAAACUCAAACUAUUCAAGAUGGUCAACUAGCGACUGGUGAGGUUUCAGCAAAUGCGGAUGACAAAUCGAAGGACGUAACGUCGGAAGGAAAACGAAAGGAGGAGAUCAACGAUCGAGAGAAGGAGAAGGACAAAGAGCGAUUACGUUAUUUGGAAACUAGAGUCGCUGAUCUCGAGGAGGCGAAUAUGUGCAGUAUUUGCAUGGAACGUCGUCGCAACGUCGCGUUUCUUUGCGGACAUGGCGCUUGUGAACACUGCGCCGCCCCGCUUAAAACUUGUCACAUGUGCCGUAAAACAAUCACAAAGAAGAUCAAUUUGUAUUAGAAGAUUGUCGCUAAGAUGCUUGUAUCACAAAAUAUUCAUUUGAUUCUUCGAGAAAUGCGAUACGUACGUGUAUAUAAAAGAUUUUUCUUAAGAGAAAGGAUCAAUACUUCCGCUAGUGAUAAUAAUCACGAGUGAAAUAUUUUUUACGGUAAGCCUUGGUAGCGGUUCUGAACAGUUUGAAUGGUAUAUAGCGACAAACACGAUUACGAGAGAAAAAAAAGUGUUACAUUUUUGAUUAUUUACUCGAAUAUUUAGCUAUUAUUAUUCUUGCAAAGUACUGCACAUUCCUUUCGAGACUCUGUAUACAAACGGUGAAAAAUAACUGCCGACUACGGUGUUAGCAUGGAUGUUUGACGGUUUGUACGAUGCGUGCGUUAAAAAUCGAUGUGUGCUAGGAAAAAAAUUGAAUUUACUGCCAAAACACCUUUCGGCGAUAAUUCGUCCGAAAGAGUAAGAAAAACCGCAGCAUUAUAUUGCACCAACAUCGUGCCAUAACAAGUUAUAAAAAAUUUCACGCGCGCAUUUCAGAAGAAUCGCCCGGAUACGAGAUAGUCCGAAUCUUACGUUAUGUUUUUUGUUGAUUUUUGUAGAGAAUAUUAGUUUUUAUAUAUAUAUAUAUAUAUAAAAGUCUUGUGUCCUGGCGAAUAUGUGCGCAGAAUGUACAGCUUACAUAUAUAUCUUUCUUACCAAAUUGGCGUAUCGCCUAUGCUUUAUCCCGUCCAUUUUUUACCCACAUUUAAAGAAAAUGCGAAUAAACGAGAAAACAAGCUUCUCGUUUUAGCGUGCGAGAUGUCUUUUGUGCUGUAAACAUUAAGAAACGUUCAAAGAUGUUUCAUAUGUAUUGUAGUUGCAAUAAAACCUGAUACGCAUUGUUCUUCGACGAUCAUUUUGUUUUAUAAAGAAAAGGAUAAAAAUAUCCUGUUUUACAGCCAAAUUUUUUAGAUAGAAAGAAUUGUACGCGUAUAAAAAAAUUACGUUCGUAAGACCGAGUGCCGACAGCAUGGAACCAAUUAAUUUUAAGCGCGCUUAUUGUUAUAGGAAACAUGUUAAAAACAAUACUUUGCGUAUUUAAUAACAUAACAAGCCAACAUAAGCCGAGGUACAAGCUUAUUUGAAUAUUGAUCUUCGAGAAAUUCUAAAGUUUAUUAAAGGAACACAAAUAUCAUUUUUCAGUAUUAAACAUCUUGCCUUUUUCUACUGAAUACAACGAAAAACUUGUACUCGAGGCGCGUAGAGAAUUCUAUUUAUUAAUACAAGUAAAAAAAUGUAUCCCGCGCGAUAUAUCGGAAUACACUAUAAGUAAUUAAUCGAGUUUUAUUUAUGUAUAUAUGUAUGUGUAUAUAUAUAUUUAAGUCAGCGUAAUUUUUCUUUCGAAUGAUUGCGAGAAAUGAUUUUUAUAAAUCAUGCUAGAAAGCAAGAAACAUCGUAAAUUUUACGUUCGCGACGACGAAAAACGUUUAAUUUGCGAUAGUGCCAAUUUUGAAUUUGUCAAAAAUGAUAUUAAAACUUUUUUUCUAGAAAGAACUCUGUACAUUACAAUCUCAACAAAUAGAAAAAAAGAAGGUUAUUUAGAGCAAACGAAGAUUUCUUUUUUUCUCUCUGUUUUCAAUAUUAGCUGUAUUGUCGUUUAUAGAUAUAUGAUACGACGUAUAUUACAAAAGAUAUUACGGAUGAACUAUAUAAUGUAUGUAACUUAAGCGCGUCGGUAGAUUUCUAUACAAUUGUAAAAAAAUUUUAAGAUAUAUAAUUUAAAUAAACAAUUUUACGACAGAGAAAGUUUUUUUAUCGAACUGUAUAUUUCGUUUUUUUUUUAUAUUUCCUAAUAUAUCGACUAAUAAAAACAAAAACAAAGGACAUAUAUGGACCACGUGUGUUUUCUUAAUAAAAAUAGAGGAAACAGAUUGAUAUAGUCGAUAUAUGUACAAUAUUAUAGAGAAAAUACUACGUUCGUGACACAAAUCAUCACACAAUAUACAUGACACUUUAAAACGAAUUAAAUGAGAAGUGAAAAUAAACUUGUCGUUACCUUAGCAAGCAAUCUUAUUUAUUUUGGUACUCGAUAAAGGUUCUGAUAGUCGUAUAUUACAAUAUUGAGCCAGUUUUGCAAAAAUUGUAAUAGCAGUACUAUAAUAAUGUAUAAUAAUGGUAAUAAUA